GCCCGGGAGCCUCUGGAUCUGAUGUGGGAGAACAUGGAUUUUCCGCCGAGGAGAGCCUUCAACGCCCGCAUGUGCACGAGGAUACUCACGGUAGUGUUGGUGGUCGCCGUCUUGGUCGGCAUCAUCCGAUUGCGGUCCGUGCCGCUGGCUCACGCGCUGUCACCCCCGGCGAACAAGGUGUGGUCGAUCUACAAUUCCACAUCUUGCUUUGAGCUGUCCGACCUGAAGUUUUACUCGGACACCCAUUGCACGCAGGAACUCACCAACUACACGUGCGUGGAUCCAGAUUCUCCCGGCCUCUCGACCACAGCCUGCCAGAGCAUGCUGACCUCCUUCGAGUCCGCGUCGUGCCCGGGGGCCAACGGUAAUGCUUAUGGAGUGGCAGUGAAGUUCGACGAGGACACCACCGUGAACUGCAUCGCAGCGACCUUGGGACCAGCGACGACGGCGGACUUCAUCCAGUUUGAGGCCUGCGACGAUUCGUUCGUGGGCGGCAAUCUGAAGAACAGCGAGUGGGAGGACAACCCGCAGUGCACCCUGCUGCGGCCGAUCGACCUCCCCGAGGAUACGACGGGCACGGGCGGCCAGACGAUGGUCGUCGAGCGCAUCACCGACCUCGAGACCAGCUGCUCGCGCUUCGACGACACGACAGAAGACGCGGAGCAGGUGCUAGACAGGGUCGAGAGCCGCGGCUACACGCUGGUGACAGAGGUCGCGUUCGAGCCCAGGUUGUCGUGCUUUUGCGACGCCAAGCGGCAAGACUCGGGCCCCUUUUGGGCGUGGCAGAGCGUCGCUGAAGACCCGUCUGCGGAGCACGAGGUCUGCGAAGAUUGGCUGCAAGUCUACAGGGGAAAGAUCUGGCAAAGCACUUUGGCUGGCAUCGUGGUUGUCUUUGCCAAUCAGCUCCUGAAAGCCAUCUUCGGCGUGAUCGAUAAGAUCAAGGUGUUCAAGAGCAGGACGCCCCCGGAGAGUUCUGGAGAUGCCUGGGUGCCUCCGGAGGCCUGUGGAAGGAUCUGGUCGGACGGGGCCAAUUGGGAUCAAUCCCGCUUCCAGGACAAUUUGUCUCAUGAAGAUCUCCCCGCACUGGCUUUCUGGGAUCAGGAUGUGUUUGCUGCGCACGCUCCCAGGACGCAGCUGCAGACUGGCUCCAUGACGAACAUGUGCUUCACGCAGGCCUCAUGCGCAUUCCCGCGCAAGCUGGAUGCGCGUGAAGCGGGGCAGCAGCAGGAGCAGACUUAG